AUGACCGACAUGGCGUCCACAUCGGCUGGUGCACUUCGAGCCUUAGCGAUGGAGCUGAAAAAUAUAGAAUCGCAACCGCUCGAAGGCUUCACUAUCUCCGCCAGCGAUGACAACCUGUUUGUGUGGACAGUAGGCAUUUAUGGUCCUCCCAAUACACUUUAUCAGGGAGGUUACUUCAAGGCUGUGAUACGUUUUCCUCCCAAUUACCCAUAUUCACCGCCGUCCAUGAAAUUCUUGACGAAAGUGUGGCAUCCGAACGUCUAUGAGAACGGUGAUCUUUGCAUAAGCAUUCUUCAUCCACCUGUUGAUGAUCCUCGCAGCGGGGAACUACCAUGUGAAAGAUGGAACCCGACCCAAAGUGUGAGGACCAUUCUUUUAUCUGUCAUAUCCUUAUUAAAUGAACCUAACACAUCGUCUCCUGCGAACGUGGAUGCUUCUGUUAUGUACCGAAAAUGGAAAGAUGGAACUGACAUGAGUUAUGCUGACAUCAUUAGACGACAAGUGGAACAAUCAAAAGAAGAGGCUCGAAAAGAUGGUGUCACAGUUCCUGAAACUCUCGAAGAAUACUGUAUAAAAUUCCACCCUCAGAGUUGCGAAGAACAAACGAUGGACUUACUCGAUUUGGGACCUGUGAAUUACCUUAUAAACAUUAGUUGUGCGGUUCAUUUAACAGAUGCUGACUGGUUUCUACAACUUACCAGUCAAGAAAUGAUGACAUGUAUGACUACGGGGACGAAGAAAGUGAUGACGAAAAUGAUUACGCCGAAGAAGACGAAGAUAGUGGACAAGGCGAAAACUAACCCCGACUUGAUAGCUCGCCUUUCAUUUAAACCUGUUUCUGUUACUCGGCCACUGGGUAUGUACCAUAGCAUUGCCUUUCUUCUCAUUUCCUCAUUUGUAAACUCCAUUUGA